AUGGUGAAGGAGAAGAGCCCGGAUGUCAUCUUUUUGAGUGAGACCAAGUGUUAUAGAAUAAGGAUGGAGGGGAUCAGAAACAAACUGAAUUUUGAUCACAGUUUCAUAGUGGAUAGUGUUGGCAGGAGUGGUGGCAUAGCAUUUUUGUGGAAGAAGGAGGUGGAGGCAGAAUUGAAUUCGUACUCAAACCAUCAUAUUUCCUUAACUGUAUUUCCUGAGAAUUUGGAGAGGAGUAUUCUUUUAACCGGCUUCUAUGGACAUCUAGUAGCUGCAAAAAGAAAAGAGAGCUGGAAUCUUAUUAGACUUAUACACUCUAAUAUCCAAUGCCCAUGGCUGUGUUUGGGUGAUUUCAAUGAAAUUCUCCUUCAAGAGGAACAAUUUGGCUCUCAUGCCAGACCAUUCCACCAAAUGGAGGCAUUCAGAUCAGUGGUUAAUGACUGUGGUAUGCAAGACCUGGGAUACAAUGGGGACUGCUUUACCUGGAGUAAUAGAAGAGAAGGGUCAGACUUUACUAAAGCCAGACUGGAUAGAGCCUUUGUCAAUAAGGAUUGGAGGGAUCUCAAGCUCAUUAAUUCAGUGUUAAUCCUACCAGCUCAGUGCUCAGACCAUAAUCCCAUUUUUGUUGCCUGCUCAAGCUCUACUGUUGCUAAAAUUCCUAGACCUCGAAUAUUCAGGUAUGAAGCAGCAUGGGGUAAGAAGGAGGAAUGUGGACUCUUAGUUAAACAAGCCUGGCUUCAAAGCUGCCAUCUCAGUCCUAAGCUAAAAGCUUCUCGAGAAGGGCUUAAAAACUGUAGAGAGAAUCUUAAGGCUUGGGGCAGGAAAGUAAUUCAAGAUCAUAAGAAAGUACUCACAGGCAAAAGAGAGUAUCUUAGAAGACUGCAGGAAGCUAACAUAGGACAGAACAAUGAACAGAUUCAGCAAGCUCAAACAGAGAUUGACAAACUGUUAGAGAGUGAAGAGUUGAAAUGGAGACAAAGGGCAAAACAAAGAUGGCUUCGAGAAGGGGAUAGGAACACUAAAUUCUUUCAUCAAUGUGCUUCUCACAGGAGAUUGGUCAACACUAUCAAGUAA